AUGGCUUGCGGUGCUCAAGCGGCGAAGAUGGUUGCGAUGCUGGCCAUCCUGCUCAUCGCCAUGGCCGACUCCCAUCCCCAGCCGGAGCGGACCUGCAGCAGCUCCGUCGAGUGCGCCUGCGCCGAGAGGUGCGUCCGCGAGUACCCUAGCGUCGACAGCGAUCCCCCUUUCAAGAUCUCUCCCGUUUGCACCCAUCGCACGGAGCACGAGCUCUACACUCGCCUCUACCUGCAUCACGCCUAUUUAGGACACCACAUGAGCCAGCACAAGGUACUGUCUACCGAGUUCAAAAACGGUUUUGGAUCCAUGACUGUCAAUGACUGGCUCGUCACCGAUGGACCUAGCCGUGACACCAAGGUUGUGGCCCGUGCCAAGGGCGUCCAUAUCCAGGCUGGAAUGGACACCCAUAGCUACUACGUUUCUUUCAACAUGGUGUUCGAAGAGGGCAGGUUCAAAGGCUCUACACUUCAAGUCAUGGGAACCGUUGUGGAAAAAGGUGAAUGGGCCAUAGUUGGUGGAACUGGAGAACUUACGUUAGCUCGUGGAGUCAUUUAUAAACAUGGCUCGGAGUUCGUUCGUGACGAGGGUGACUGUAUUGAGCUUGACAUUCAUUGUCUCUACACCCCUAUGGAAAGAUCAAAGGGUACUUCUUGGACAUUCGAGGCAUGA